CAGGGUCCAGGGAGAGCGGAUAUAGUGAAUGCAGGGUCGGGGGGACACUGGACAUAAUGAAUGCAGGGUCCAUGGAGAGCGGAUAUAGUGAAUGCAGGGUCCGGGGAGACCAGAUAUAGUGAAUGCAGGGUCCGGGGGGACCGGAUAUAGUGUAUGCAGAGUCCAGGAAGAGUGGAUAUAGUGAAUGCAGGAUACUGGGAGACCAGAUAUAGUGAAUGCAGGGUCCGGGAAGACCAGUUAUUUUGAAUUCAGGGUCCAGGAGACCAGAUAUAGUGAAUUCAGGGUCCUGGGAGAUCAAUUAGGAGACAGAGGACAGAGCAUUGUCACCCCAUAACAGGAAGUGUCUGAACAAGG